AUGAAUGCUAAAGAUGUUAAAUAAGCACUAUAAAAAUAUUAGCCAUAAUUAGAUUAGGAUUACCAAAACAAAUUACAAAUAGCUAAAUACACAAAUUUGUCUGAUAUUGAAAAAAGCAAUUUUUUAUAAAUUUCAGGUAUUUUAGAUUUGGAGUGUAGGUAUUGAAUAAUAACAUGUAUGCUUUCUAUUUAAUGGGAAUAUAUAAGAUCAAUUUGACAACAAUAGGAUUACAUAUCACACUAUAAAUAGUUUAGAUAAUAAAAUAGAUCAAAAGUAUUUGAUGGCAAUAUAAUUAGUACUUAUACCAUUGUAUAUAUAGUGGCAGAACAUAAUGCAAUCAAUGAGUUAUCAAGAUUUCGAAAGAUUUUGAAAUAACUUCCUAGUAAAUACUAUACUCAACUGAAAUUUCUAUUCUUAUAUCAAGCAAGUUUGAUGGUAAAAACUAGAUUAUGGUUACAAACUUCAAAGAGAUGGAGUUUAUGGUAGAAGAAAACAAAAUAUGUUAAUGAGUAUGCUUAAACUUAUUUUAAGUGUAGAAGAUCUGUUAAAAAUACAAAAUUUUUAAGCCAGUUGGAUGAAUUUAGUUCCUAAAUAAACUUCAGGAUUAGAUUAAAUAGAGCCUACAUAAUUAGUUAAAUAAACAGGAGGUUCUUUUGGUUCAAAUUUAACAAAUUAAAAAUUAAAUCAAUUUGGAAUACCUGUUAUACUUGAUUGUUUGCUUUCAUACUUUGUAACGAAUGCAGAUAGAUUUUUAAAACCAGAUAUAUUUAGAAAAUAAGGUUCAAUAAAUNCAAAAUUUAUAAUUAAUAGAAAUUUAGAAUAAGUCAAAUGA